GACGCACCUCCAGCAGUGUGGAAGCAGUGAGUCAACGUGCAGCUGCACAUGUGGUCACACUGCGUUGUUUCAGCGAGAGCAGCAGGAGCACAAGUGUCUCGUUGGUGCCACCAAUAAACUGCGUUACAACAUACAACAUGAGGCCAGGGUUUACUCCUCGUGGGGACCGUGGAGGAAGAGGACGGGGAGGAUUUGGUGACCGCGGUGGACGAGGCGGAUUUGGUGACCGCGGAGGACGAGGAGGAUUUGGUGACCGAGGACGCGGAGGCUUCAGAGGGAGAGGUGGAUCAUUCCGGUCUCCCGAUGGUGGAGGAUUUCGGGGUCGAGGAGGUGGACGAGGUGGCCCAAGAGGGAGGGGUGGCAGAGGAGGCUUCGGUGCAGGGAGGAAGGUCACAGUUGAGCCACACAGACAUGAAGGAGUGUUUAUCUGCAGAGGGAAGGAGGAUGCCCUGGUGACCAAGAACAUGGUGGUGGGAGACUCGGUGUACGGAGAGAAGAGGAUCAGUGUAGAAGAAGGAGAAGUGAAGAUUGAGUACAGAGCCUGGAAUCCGUUCCGCUCCAAGCUGGCUGCAGCCAUCUUGGGCGGAGUGGACCAGAUUCACAUCAAGCCCGGUGCAAAGGUCAUGUACCUGGGAGCAGCCUCUGGGACCACAGUGUCCCACGUCUCUGACAUUGUUGGACCGGAGGGGCUGGUUUACGCCGUGGAAUUCUCCCAUCGAUCGGGGCGUGACCUUCUAAACGUAGCAAAGAAACGCACAAACAUCAUUCCAAUCAUUGAAGAUGCCCGCCAUCCACACAAAUACCGAAUGCUGGUUGGCAUGGUGGAUGUGAUUUUUGCUGAUGUUGCCCAGCCCGACCAGACAAGAAUUGUUGCUUUGAACGCUCACAACUUCUUGAAGAACGGGGGACACUUUGUUAUCUCAAUAAAGGCUAACUGCAUCGACUCGACGGCGCCCCCAGAGGUUGUAUUUGCCUCAGAAGUGAAGAAGAUGAGUGCUGAGAACAUGAAGCCUCAGGAGCAGCUCACGCUGGAGCCCUAUGAGAGAGACCACGCCGUGGUGGUUGGCAUUUACAGACCGACGCCAAAGAAGAAGUGAGAGGCUCCGAUGAAGGCUGUGGGAUUUUCAACACCACCUGCUUUUUAUUCUUUUUCUAUUGCUCUCCUGUACUGUGAGGCCAGCAGCUGGGUCAAACAUGUCUGGGUACCAUUCUUUUCAGUUAACUGACCGAACAUCCCACCGCUGGAGUCUCUAUUGCCGACCAGGUUUGGGAGGACACUGCAUAACAUUUGUGUGCCAGAUUGGAGUACGUCACGUUUUUGUAAUGUGUGUAGCGCUUUACCACCCGGUAACACACCUGUGAAGUGUAUGUAUUGAACUGAUGCCAAUCUGUUUCUGUGUAACUGCGCAUCAGGAAGACUAAACCAAUGGCAAAAACAUCCAGUCGUGUGUAUUUGAGAUCUCAUUUGGUUUCUUGUUUGGUCAGUACUUUUAUCACUUCUCUCAUUCUAGUAUAGAAUAUUUUCUUCCUCAGGACUUACUUUUAUCUGGAUGCUUCUGAAUUUGGAUAGCCCCAUCCCACUUUGGUAGAUUAUUAUCGACCCAUAAUACAGCUCAGGUGGCUAGUAGUAUUGUUGGUGAACAAUAAGUCAACUGUCAUCACUUGUGUACAGGCUCAAUGUUGUGUGUGCUAAUUGCGCAACACCCACAUUUUGUAGCUGAUAAACCCUUAAUGCUGAUCUGUUUCGUGGCGAGGCGGUGAUCGUGUGUACAGACAAAUAGAGAUGUGCCCUUUUCCUCUGACUUGUAGUUUGACGGCACAGUCCUUUGUGUUGGCAGAAUACAACAGUUGUAAUUUGCAACAAUGUAUGCGUUGAACAGUUUAUAUAUUUGUUUUUUUGACAUAUAAUGCCAACUUUGUUUUAAUAAAAUGUUUAUGAUUGCUAUUUCCUUCUGA